AUCGGUUUCAUUUAAGAAGCUCCCAGCAGACCACCAUCCUCUCACACUGUCACACAUACAGGACCGAAACAACAACCCCCUCCCCUCUCUCGCUUGUAGGUGCAGAUGAUUCUCCGGCUCGCCAUUGAAGCCAGGAGAGCGGCGGCCUCAAAGCUGAAGUUGGUCGGCAGUGCAGGCGCCGGCCGGUGGCUAUCAACGGCGGUGGAUGGGAGGCUUGAGGGGAAGAUUGCGUUGAUAACUGGAGGGGCUAGCGGACUCGGCAAGGCAACGGCUCACGAGUUCAUCCAGGAGGGCGCAUCCGUUGUUCUUGCCGACAUCAAUUCCCAGCUCGGCCUGCAAACAGCCGAGCAGCUUGGCCCGCAGGCUCACUUCAUCCACUGCGACGUUGCCGUCGAGGACAGCGUCGCGAGAGCCGUCGACGCGGCGGUGGCCAGGCACGGCCGGCUGGACGUCAUGUUCAACAGCGCCGGCGUAGCGGGUUCACUGUCCGGCACCUCGGAGAUGGCGAGCCUGGACCUGGGCCAGUUCGACAGUGUGAUGCGCGUGAACGUGCGCGGCACGCUGGCGGGGAUCAAGCACGCGACCCGCGUCAUGGCGCCGGCGUGCUCCGGCUCCAUCCUCUGCAUGGGGAGCAUCAGCGGCCUCAUGGGCGGGCUCGGCUCCUACCCGUACUCGGCGUCCAAGCUCGCCAUCGCCGGCGUCGUCAGAACCGCCGCCGCGGAGCUCGCGCGGCACGGCGUCCGCGUCAACUGCAUAUCGCCGCACGCGAUCGCGACGCCGAUGGUGGUGCGGCAGUUCGCUGAGAUGCUCGGGGGCGCGGAUGAGGCGACGGUGGCGUCCAUCGUCGCGGGCCUCGGUCAGCUCAAGGGCGCGACGUGCGAGGCGGUGGACGUGGCCAGGGCGGCCGUGUACCUCGCGUCGGACGACGCAAAGUACGUGUCCGGCCACAACCUGGUGGUGGACGGCGGGUUCACCACCUACAAGUACAUGGACCUGCCGUUGCCCACGCCACAGGAGUGAGUAGUUAUUGGCCACAGGUGAGGUUGGUUUGCAUUUGUUCGUCAGUGUUUGUACAAAAACUUUAGCUGGUUAACCAAUUGGAAGAUCAUGAGUAAGCAUCAAAAUGUAUGAGUGUGUGUGCUUUGGUGUAACUGUAUGGGUCAUGGGUGUCGUGAUUCUCCUGGUCCUGGAUACUGGAAACAGAAUGUAUUCGUCGAAAUGUGGAUUGAAGUAUGUGGAUUAGUUUGUAGAUUUCUAAA